ACCGGGACCGGCUUCGAGAGCGAGAGCGCCAAGCCCGCGCGGCGAUGUCGGUCCAGGCGGAGCAGGCGGCAGCGGGGGGUGGUCCUGACACCCGUCACGGUCACCAUCCCCACGGACACCACCACAGCCAUCAUCACCAUCCUAAUCCUCACGCUGCGACCGCCUCGCUCUUUCGUGCUCCGGUCAGGGUGAACCCAGACUCGCAGGACCGGACGACGCAGCAGAUCCAGUCGAAGUUGGGCAACUACUCUCUGGUGAAGCACCUGCUGGACGAGCCGAAGCGACUGAUCGGGAUCGAGGGCGUGCCGGCGAGUCCCGCUCCGGCGUCGGCCUCGGCGUCCUUGCGGAGCUCGGGAGGGUCGGGAGCGGCUCCUCGGAUCCCGUCGGCCGCCCCCGCCCCGGCCGCGGGCCUGGGGCCCGCCGGCCCCCAGGAGUUCAAGAAGCCCGGGGGGCCCAGGUCGGGCGGCCACGGGGGCAGCCAGAGGGGCGGCUUCGUCAAACCCGCCGACGGGAAGCCGCCCUACGGGGGCAGGGGCGGAUACCCCGGGCAGCCGGUGAAGCACGGCGGGGGCAGCAACGAGCACCGCAGCCACGGCCUACUUCCGGCGAAGGGCCCGCCGCCCAACGUCGCUCCCCCAACCGGUGCCGGAAACCUCGGGAACCCCGGCAACCCCGGCAACCCCACCAACCCCACGAACCCCACCAACCUCGGCAACACCGGAAGCAGGGUGCACUCUGCGGGAGGACGGCUGCCGAGGAUACCCUUGGACAACGGUUCGAACACAAGGCAUGGCCCCACAGAGAGUCCUGCCGAGCUAGAGAACAUUCUGAAGGAAAUGAUGAUGCCGCCUACACCCCUGACGGCGAUCGCACAAACCCCGAGGAAGGAACUCGAGUCGAAGUUUACUUUCAACCCCGUUCUGGCGAAGCUGACCGAAGUCCCGCCGGCGGAAUCCGCGAAACCUCGUAAGUAUCGCACAUCGAGUUCGGCCGCUUUGCCCUAAGGGUCGUCUAAGAAGGGUGGA